GCUCAGAUCCCAAUCGAACCCCACCCCAAUCCUCUUUUUUCUAUGACCGAUUUAGUUGAAUCUUGGGCUGAGAUGUGAUGCACGUAAGUGCUACUUGGUAGAUCGAUCUAUUUUUAAUCAUAUGUCCAGAUAGUCUAUUUAUAGCAGUGUACUUAUUUGACUCAGAUGGACAUGGACCAGCAAAAUUAUUCCUACACCAUGUUGAGGCGGAGGAUUCUAUCUGUCAUUGUCCUUCUCUUGGCUUUGUGGUAUAGAAACAGGGAUGGUAGAAAGAAUAGAGGUAGAGGUCGAAAGUAUGGUCCACUAGUUGAGAGAGACCUCUACAGGACUAAUGUGCUAAUUAGGCUUAUUAACACAUCAGAUACAACAUGCAUCAAGCAACUGAGAAUGUCUCGAUCUGUAUUUUACAAGCUAUGCAAUAGGCUGAGGCAGAAGGAGUUGUUAAUUGACACAUUUCAUGUUUCGGUAGAGGAACAAGUUGCGAUGUUCCUAUACAUGGUCGGUCAACAUCACACAAAUUCAUCUGUUGGUUUCUGGUUUUGGCGGUCUAGCGAAACAGUGAGCAGAUAUUUCAAUAUUGUCCUGCGUGCAAUCGGGGAGUUAGCACGUGAUCUCAUUUAUAUUAGAUCAACGGACACGCACACAAAAAUCACUAGCAGCCCGAACAGAUUCUACCCAUACUUUGAGGGAUGUAUAGGGGCACUAGAUGGCACUCAUGUUAAGGCUUGUGUUCCUGCCCACAUGGUGGACAAAUUUAGGGGCCGAAAGUCAUACCCCUCCCAAAAUGUGCUAGCAGUUGUUGACUUCGAUCUUCGGUUCACGUAUGUUCUAGCAGGAUGGGAGGGCUCUGCCCAUGAUUCCCUUGUGCUAAAAGAUGCCCUCACACGUCCAGCAGGUCUAAAAAUACCUGAAGGGAAAUUUUUCUUGGCUGAUGCGGGGUAUGCUGCGAGGCCAGGAAUAUUGCCUCCUUAUCGUGGCGUGCGCUACCACCUAAAUGAAUUUGCUGGAUCACGUGACCCAACUACCCCACAAGAAUUAUUCAACCACCGACAUUCAUCACUUAGGACCACAGUUGAACGAGCAUUUGCAGCUCUAAAGAGUCGCUUUAAGAUUCUUACUCAGAGGCCCUUCAUACCUUUAAAAUCUCAGAUUAAGGUUGUAGUUGCUUGUUGCGCUUUACACAAUUGGAUACUAGAAAAUGGACCAGAUGAGUAUGUUGUGGAUGAGGAGACGUGGUAUGCCAACCUCCCUAGGAGUAGUGGACGUGUUCGUGAUCGGGAGGCUGACAUACGUGAGUGGGCUGCCAAGCGUGAUUCAUUAGCUCAGCAAAUGUGGAAAGAUAAAGAGAGCGCAGAGGAGUGAGGUUGAUGCCACCUUGAUUUAGUGCUUUUGAUGUAUCUCCAUGCUAGGGAUUAGUGCUUUUGCUGUAUCUCCAUGAGAUGGAUUAGUGCUUUUGAUGUAACCUCCAUGCGAGGGCUUUUGAUGUAUCCCCAUGUGAUGGAACAUUUGUUGUCUGAAGCGUCUGAUUGUAAUAGACUUAUGUAACUUGUUUUAUCCUUGUAUAA